AAUGCGCGAGUUGCACUGAAUCACGUGAUCACAGCGGCCACAACCUGCCCCGUAGACUUACAGCACUGCUAGGUAAACUCAAAUGAAUUUGCGUAGUGCGUUUCACCAGACUGAAGUCUCUCCGCAUGUCUGAACCCGAACUGUGUGUACUAACGUCUUCGGUUAGUUGUAGUUUGAAGAACUGAUAUUUAUUUGUCAACUGCUCUCUGCAUGAGAGCAACUUACUACGGACCAACUAUUGGGGAACUUCGUAAUUCACAAUAUAAGAAGGUGACCUCUACAUCUGAAAAUGAACUUCAUCGUGGAGACCCUCCAAAUGAUACUGUUUACUAUCUACUACCACAUAGAAGCCUUCAUAAAAUUGUUCAUCUCACCAAAGUUAAAAGAUGUGUCCGGUGAAAUAGUGCUCAUCACUGGGGCAGGCAGUGGUAUUGGUCGGCUUAUGGCCAUUGAGUUUGCCACAUUGGACGUUUCACUGGUCCUAUGGGACAUCAAUGAGGACGGGUUAAGAGAGACUGCGAAGCAGGCUAAAGAAAAAGGAGGAUCAAGGAUAUAUUACUUCCAAUGUGACUGCAGUGACAGGGCAGUGGUCUACCGAGUGGCAGAUCAGGUAAAACGUGAAAUUGGUGAUGUUACUAUACUAAUAAACAAUGCAGGCAUUGUGAAUGGUAAAAAGUUCUUGGAUACUCCUGACGCGCUCAUUGAGAAGACGAUCAGUGUUAACUCCAUCUCCCAUUUUUGGACAUAUAAAGCAUUCCUGCCCGCCAUGAUUGCUAAGAACCACGGACACCUGGUCAGUGUUGCUAGUUCUGCAGGCUUGAUAGGGGUCAAUGGACUGGCAGAUUAUUGUGCAAGCAAGUUUGCAGCUGUGGGAUUCGCAGAAUCUGUAGCCCUUGAGCUAAUAGCUGAGGGGAAAGAUGGAGUCAAGACUACAAUCGUCUGCCCAUACUUCAUUAACACAGGCAUGUUUGAUGGCUGCGGAACAAAGUGGCCCCGACUGCUGCCAAUCUUGGAACCAGACUAUGUUGCUAAAAAGAUCAUGAAGGGGAUUCUAACAGAUCAAGUUUUCAUUUUUCUUCCAAGGACCUUAUAUUUUUUGCUGGCCUUGAAAGGUUUGGUACCAUACAAGCAGUCAGUCAACCUGGGCAUGUACUUUGGUGCCUUCAGUUUCAUGGAUGCCUUCAAAGGACGAGAAAAGAAACAGAACUAAAUAUAAUAGUUGUCAAUGAUUGUGAUACUUUUUGUAGAUCUCUUUUGUAGAAGCCAAACGGUUGCCUUAUGACAUUAAUCAAAAUUAAAGGGUCCUAGAAAGAGAAUGUAAAUUUGAUAUUGUUUGAAUAAAUUAGGAAAAGGCUUUUAAACUGAAAAGGUAUUCAUUUUUUAUGUUGUUAGACAUCAUAUGGUUUGUGUUUAUUAUUG